AAACCUUUACGCAGACAGACCUGUCACUGUAGAAGUCACUUCACACAUGAUGCACGGUAGUUCAUCAUUCCCCAGGGAGAAUAGUCGCUGAAUUCUGGUUUUUCGACAAACUUCAGAAAUGAUCCGAAUCAACAACACCCAAUAUUUCCACUUCCUGAAGCAGGCAGACGCUUUCCGUCGCUCCGGGUCAUUCUGCGAUGCCAUCAUCUCAGUGAAGAGUCACACGUUCAAGGCCCAUCGCUUAGUAUUGGCCUGUGCUAGUAGAAGACUAGCACAGCAGCUAUCCCAUGGUGACAUAGACAGUCCAUCCGAGUGUACUCUGGAGUAUUUCUCCCCACACACCUUCCAGCAGGUCCUGGACUUCACCUACACCCAGGCACUGGAGGUGUCUGUGGAAGACUUGUACCUGCUGUGGAGAGCUGCUCAGUUGCUAGAGAUGCAGCCACUGGAGGACCAGUGCCGAAAACAGCUGGACACCCUCAACCUCCGAGCCAGGAAGGAGUGCAAAACAAAAGAAGUCAAAGAUGUCAAAGAGGGAAAGGAAAGUGCAAAGAAAAUGAGUCAAAAGAAAGAAGGAGAUCUAGAUGAAGAUGAAAAAAUCCAAGACGUUAGCAACAGCAUUGUUGUUGAAGAUCCUUCGUCUCCUGGUUCUGCGAAGAACCACAACAGUUCACCGUCCCCAAAAAAGAAGCCCAGACAGUCCCAUUUGUCAUCAUCAUCAUCACACACCAGUGACAGAGUUGUCAGCAACACUUCUUCUGUCCCUCCUCCCUGGACGUUCUCUACAAAUAUGUGGAACUCUGUGAGCACUCUGAGACAAAUAGCAGAAAACUAUUCAAACUUCUUUGGAGUACACCCUCUACCAUCACCACACCAGUCCUCAGUAGCAUACCCCUUCUCCCUCUCCACGUCCCAUAUGUUACCUUUACUAAGCACCCAUUAUCAAGGCCAAUUACAUAACUCUGUCAUGGGCUACUCGGGCUCUUACCCACAUUAUACACAGAACCGUUACACUGGAGCAACAGGAAUGGGCAGCAUAAUAAAGCAAGGCCUGCUACGAAGAAAAAAAACCAGCCAGAAAAUGUUCGCCGGGGUUGUACAGAGUGUUGACCAGAGUUACCAACAAGUGCCCAAAACCAGCGCAGAGAGAGGUAAAGACUGCCAACACUGCAACCCAAGUGUCACUGGUGACCCAGAGCACUGGGCCUCCACACCAUCAGUCUGUGCAGGGUGUCGCUUCCCGAGAAGAGGAGAUGUGAUGCAGCGUGAACCACAGUCCAAACAGCAAGAUCACAAUGGAGAUAAACCUUACCAGUGCCAACAUUGCCCCAAAAAGUUCAGCCUGAAACAUCAGCUUGACACACACCACCGAGUUCACACUGGGGAAAAACCUUUCGAGUGUCGUAUCUGUGGUCAGCGCUCACGAGACUACUCAGCCAUGAUCAAGCACCUGCGAACUCAUGGUGGCGCCGCACCCUACCAGUGCACGGUGUGCCUGGAGUUCUGCAGCAGCCUGGUCGCCAUGCAGAGACAUGUCAAGAGCCACGCGGUGCAGGACUUCCCCCCAGACUGGAGCAUCAACAGCACCUACCUGUACACCUCCCACAUCUCAGCCACACCUUAACCAUCCAUCCAUCCAUCCACACAACCUCCUUACAUGUGUAGCUUUAAAUCAGAGGAGACAACAGGUCCUUUAAUACCACAUCACAAUAAUGCAUGGGAAACUGUCCGACCGUAUAUCUCAUGUGUCCUCUACACCCACAGUCACAACAUACACACACACGUGCAUUAUACAUGUGUAUUAAAGCCACAUCAACAGCUCCUCCUCAUGGAAUGACGCAGGCACAUUCCCUCUUACUUUUAUAAUUAUUGGACAAAAUCUGGCCUUGGUGUAUAGCACCCUCAUGAGGACAUGAGUGAAACAGGAAAAGGCAGGAGCUGAGACGUCACAUUUACUGCCAGAGAAAGUUUCUCUUAUUACUUGAUGGAACACAAUCUUUAGUUCGAGUAUUCGAAAUAAGUAGAUAAGUUUUGCUCAGCGUUUGUGCAGCCAGGAGUCUUGGCAAUACUUGUCAAUGUAGUAAUGUAGCUCCUGCACGUGCUGUGCUUGUUUGAGGGAGCUG